CAUAUAUUUCAAACAAAGCACACAAAUGGUCGGUCCCUUCAAUUGCUAAAAAAAACCAAAUCCCACUCUAAAAAAAAGCAAAGAAAAAAAGUUACUGUUAUAUUUUAGUACUUACUUGAAAUUAUAUUGUUAAUCAUAUUGUGAGAGAGAAAAAAAAAGUGGUUUCAUUUUUAUUAAUUUUUAAUUUAAUUGAUGGCCGAGGAUUUUGCGAAAGCUGUGGAUGACGGGUUGAAGCUAUCGAAGCGCGUGUAUGGAGGGAAGGCGCCGCCGAGGCCGGUGGCACAUAUGGUCAAGUCUCCGGCGGCGACUGAGGGUUUGCCGACGGCGGUGAUGGUUUACGCGGUGAUAUUUGACCCGGCGAUGGUGGAUAAUCCGGACAUACCGACCUACCAGCCGCACGUGCAUGGGCGGAGGGACCCGCCGGCGCUGAUUCCGUUGCAGAUGAACGGGGUUGAGUUGGAGGUUGAUUGUUAUCUGGACACUGCGUUCGUUAGAGUUUGUGGGUCGUGGAGACUGCACUGUGUUAUGGGAAGCAAGAGCUGUGAUUGUCUCGUAGCUAUCCCCAUGGGAGAACAGGGUUCAAUUCUAGGUGUUGUGGCUGAUGUGCUUGGAAAGUCAUACCAUACUCAACUCAUUGCAACGGAAGACAUAGAUGGGACAGCAAAAACAGCUCGAGCCGGUGAUUGUGGCUUUUUAAAACCCCACAUAUUUACCCUAACAAUUCCACAGGUUGAUGGGGGUUCCAAUCUAUCAAUAAAAAUUAGUUGGUCUCAGAAACUUUUAUAUAGUGACGGGGAGUUAUUCUUGAAUGUACCAUUUACUUUCCCCGAGUAUGUCACUCCUCUUCUAAAGAAACUUCCAAAAAAAGAGAAGAUACAACUAAAUGUGAAUGCUGGUACUGGAACUCAAGUUUUGUGCAAGAAAAUUAGUCAUCCUUUAAAGGAAAUAAGGCGCAAGGUAGGAAACUUGGGCUUCUUAUAUGAAUCAGAAGUUCUCUCAUGGUCAAGUACUGAUUUUAGUUUCUCCUACACUGUCUCUUCAAGUCAUAUAUUUGGCAGUGUGCUCUUGCAAUCUCCGUCUUUGGAUGACAAUGAUCAAAGAGAGAUAUUUUGUGUCUAUCUUUUUCCGGGAAAUCAGAAAAGUAGGAAGGUGUUCAGAAAGGAUAUAGUUUUUAUUGUUGAUAUAAGUGGAAGCAUGCGGGGAAAGCCAAUUGAUGAUACAAAGGAUGCACUAUUUGCGGCCCUGUCUAAGCUUGAUCCAGAGGAUUCAUUUAGCAUUAUAGCUUUUAAUGGAGAGACUUAUCUGUUUUCAACAUCACUGGAAUUGGCAACCAAGGAAGCUGUUGAAAGGGCCAUUCAAUGGAUAAUUGUGAACUUUGUAGCUGGGGGUGCUACAAACAUUUUACUUCCCCUGAACACGGCAAUGGAGAUGCUAUCCAAUGUCCAGGGUUCAGUUCCCAUCAUUUUUCUAGUUACUGAUGGGGCUGUAGAGGAUGAGAGACAUAUUUGUGAUACAAUGAAAAAUUAUCUAAGAGAUGGAAGACCAAUAUGUCCACGAAUUUUCACUUUUGGAAUAGGUUCAUUCUGCAACCAUUAUUUCCUGCGAAUGCUUGCAACAAUUGGCAGGGGCCAAUAUGAUGCUGCUUAUGAUAUAGAUUCUGUUGAAUUCCGAAUGCAAAAAUUGUUUACCAGAGCUUUGUCUCCCAUUUUUGCAAAUAUAACUCUGGACAUUUUGGAUGAUCUCAAUGAAGUUGAGGUGUACCCUUUUCAUAUUCCAGAUCUUUCGUCUGAGAGUCCAUUGACUGUAUCUGGAAGAUACCGGGGAAAUUUUCCUGACACUAUUGAAGCUAAAGGUGUCUUGGCUGAUUUGAGUAAUUAUAUGAUAGAAUUGAAAGUAGAAAAAGCAAAGGACAUACCUAUUGACAGGGUGUUUGAAAAAGAACAGAUAGAACUACUUACAGCUCAGGCGUGGCUUUCAGAAAAUAAACAGCUUGAGGAAAAGGUUGCGAAAAUGAGCAUACAGACUGCUGUUGCGUCUGAAUAUACCCAUAUGGUCCUAUGUGAGAUAGUAGGAGGAAAGACAGCCAAAGAAUCAUUUGGGGUAAAAGAGAAAACUGUAGACCCUAAAGGCCAGAAAAUGAUAAUCCUGGGAAACCUUUGCAUUGGCUUUGGCAACUUGAUUGCAACUGCUGAUAAUAUACCUCCAGGAUCUGAAGAACCAAAAUUACCUGAAGCAGCCGAAAUAUUCAUCAAGGCAACUUCAAAUUGUUGUGCCAGUUUGUGUAGUCACUGCUGUUGCAUGUGUGGCAUCCAGUUUUGUUCCCAGAUGAAUAACCAAUGUGCAAUCGUGUUCACGCAGCUUUGUACUGCUCUAGCGUGUAUUGGCUGCUUUGAGUGUUGUGCAACUGUUUGCUGUUCUGGAAGUGAUGGACGAUAAGAAAUUCACCCUCCCUUCCCCUUUUGGGGCUGAGAGGAGCUCAUAAGUAUUUCAUACUUUGCUUUAUAGUUUAUGAGAGGAUGGUAGAAACUAACCUUAUUAGUAUUAUUUACUUUAGGGUUAUGUAUAGCAAUACAUGUUUUUUAUUAUUAUAACUUAGAUACUCAUAGACUGGCGCGAAAUACAUGGGAGUUUUAAACUAUUGAGCACACUUAGAUUACUUCAAGUCAACAGAUUUGCAGUAGACCUUUUUUGGCUGACUCUUGUGAUAGUCACCACAAGUUCAAAAUAUAUUUGAUAUUGAAGAU